AUGGCGAAGCCAAAAAGAACUAUUGAUUGUUUUUUUCAAAAAAAUGAUGUGCCUUCCGUGGCUUCCGCCUCUAAUGUCGAUGUUUCGGUUCAUGAUAACCAGCGUCCUUCAAAAUCUUUAAGAGUUGAACAUAUAAAAGUUGAUCAUACCUUUUUAGAACAUGAUCCAGGAUUACAUCAUCAAAUAUGGGAUUAUCUUGUUGAUGAACAGUAUUCUCCUUCAAAGGAUGCUGCAUAUUGCUUACCUUGCUUUCUUUUUGGAGCGAAACCAACGGGGCAUCCUGGAACCAAUGCAUUUACUAGCGAAGGAUUUCAAAGUUGGAAGAAAGUUAAUGAUGGCAAUAGGUGUGCUUUCUUGAAUCAUGUGGGAGGAAGUCCAUGUUCUGCUCAUAGCAUUGCUGAGAGAGCAUGUAAGGACUUAAUGAAUCAACCUUGUCAUAUUGAUACAGUGAUGGUUAGACAAACUUCUGAACAAGUUUCAAAUAAUCGAUUGAGAUUGAAGGUCACAAUUGAUGCGGUCCAAUGGCUUACUUAUCAAGCUUGUGCUUUUAGAGGGCAUGAUGAAUCCUUUCAAUCAAGUAAUCGAGACAAUUUCAUUGAAAUGGUAAAGGCUUUUGCGUCAUAUAAUGAUGAUGUCGCUAGAAUUGUUCUUGAAAAUGCUCCAAAAAAUGCCAAAUAUACCUCACCACAAAUUCAAAAGGAGAUUUUGCAUAUUGUUUCUAGAAAAGUGAGAAGUAAGAUUCGUGAAGAUAACGGUGAUGCCAAGUUUUGUAUUCUUGUUGAUGAAGCUCGUGAUGAAUUUAAAAGAGAGCAAAUGGCUCUCGUUUUAAGAUAUGUUGAUAAGGAUGGUUUUUUACAAGAACGUUUUUUUGAUCUUGUGCAUGUCAAAGAUACAACUUCAUUGAAUUUAAAAAAGGAUCUUUGUGCCGUUCUUUCUUACUAUAAUCUUGAUGUUCACAAUCUCCGAGGUCAAGGUUAUGAUGGUGCUAGCAAUAUGCGUGGUGAAUGGAAUGGUUUGCAAUCAUUAUUUCUUAAUGAUUGUCCUUAUGCAUAUUAUGUGCAUUGCUUAGCUCACCGACUACAACUAGCAUUAGUUGCCGCAUCUAGAGAAGUAAUCGGUGUCUAUCAAUUCUUUUCAAACUUGAACUUCAUUAUCAAUAACAUCGGAGCUUCUUGCAAACGAACUGAUGAAUUACAUUCUGCUCAAGUUAUGGAAAUUGCCCAUUUGAUAUAUCUUGAUGAACUUGAAACCAGUCGAGGAGCUAAUCAGAUUGUUCUUAACAAUCUCAUUGAAGAUGGAUGUAAUUACAAGAUCCGGGGAGAUGCUGAUACUGCUUUUAAUACUCUUAGAUCAUUUCAGUUUGUGUUUAUUUUGCAUUUGAUAAAAGAUAUCACGGGAAUAACUAAUAUCCUUUGUCAAGCUUUGCAACAAAAAGAUGAAGACAUCGUAAAUGCUAUGCAAUUGGUUUCGAGUACAAAACAAAUCAUUAUGAUAUUGAGAGAAAAUGAUUGGAACAAGUUAUUUGAUAUUGUUAAAUCAUUUUGUGAGUGCCAUAACAUUGAUGUGCCUGAUUUGAGUGUUCCUUAUACCAAAAAAAUUAAGGGUCAGUCACGUCACCCACAAGAGAAUAUUACACUUGAGCACCACUAUCGGAUUGAUAUAUUUUAUGGCACAAUUGAUUCACAAUUGCAGGAGUUGAAUAACAGAUUUAGUGAAAAGGCAAUGAAACUUGUUACUCUCAGCUCAGCUUUGGAUCCUAGAGAUGGUUACAAGUUCUUUAACGUUGAAGACAUUUGCACGCUUGUAGAUGAAUUUUAUCUUCAAGAUUUCACGGACCAAGAGAGGAUUAUGUUGACAUUCCAAUUGCAACAUUAUGAGGUUGAAAUGCCUGUUCAUUCAUAUUUGAAAAAUAUGUCAACGAUUUCUGAACUAUGUAGAGGAUUAGUGGAAACAAAGAAGUCAAAAAUCUACUUUUUGAUUGAUGGGUUGAUUCGUCUUGUCUUGACUCUUCCCAUUUCCACGGCAACUACAGAAAGGGCAUUUUCAACUAUGAAACUUGUCAAAACACAACUGCGCAACAGGAUGGAGGAUGAGUUUCUUGCAGAUUACUUGAGUGUCAGUAUUGAAAAAGAAAUUGCUCAGACUUUUAGUACAGAUUCAAUUAUGUAUCAUUUUCAACUAUAA